UUGGGGUGCAGCUGGCGCAGAGAGAGCAGCGUUCCAGCACAUUCCAGCUGCUCAGUGCCCCCCUGGAGAGCGAUUCCAAGGGGGAUUCUCCGAGCUCUCCCUCCGUGUCCGAUGGUUCCCUGCUCCAGGAGCGGCUCCAGCAGCUCCAGAGCGCCCUGACCGCCGGAGAGCUGGACCGGAGGGUGCUCCAGGACGGGCUGGAGGCGGCGCGGCGGGCGCUGGCGGAGGCGCGGCAGGAGAAGGGAAUGCUGCGGGAGCAGCUGCAGGGAAUGCGGGAGCAGCGGGAGGAGCUGCAGCGCUCCAAGGACCGGCUGGAGGAACAGCUCCGGCUGCGGGUGCCGCGGGAGCAGCCGGAGGCUCGGGAUGAGUCCCUGCGGCUCUCGGCGGGGCUGGAUCGGUCCCUGGGCAAAGCCCAGCGGGAACUGGCCGAGGCUCGGACGCGCAUCCGGGACCUGCGGGCGCAGGUGUCGGUGCUGGAGCUCCGCUCUGCUCCCAGCGCGGGAUCGUCCCCGGAGCUGCAGCGGGAGCUGGAGCGGCUGCGGAUCGGCCCCAGCCUGGAGGAGCAGGUGAGGGGGAACCCCCGGGGGGGACACUGUGCCCUCCUCCCUCCCUCCAACCUCUCCCCAUUCCCGGCAGAUCGCGCUGCUGAAGGAGCAGGAGCUCCAGCGUCACCCCCCUGGGAUUUAGGGAUGUCCCGGGACACCUGCAGGGACCGUGGAUGAGGGAGAUCCUUCUCCAUCCCAAAUCCACACAGAC